CUUCUCGGCCUCCCCGCUCCUUCCUCCGCCGCCCGGACUCCGGCAUGGCUCCCGCGCCCCCCGCCGCCUUCCUGCUGCUGGCCCUGCUGCUGGCCCCGGCCUGGCCCGGCGGCGCCGCCCUGCACACCAAGGGCGCGCUCCCCCUCGACACGCUCACCUUCUACAAGGUGAUCCCAAAGCAUAAGUUUGUCCUGGUGAAAUUUGACACGCAGUACCCUUACGGAGAGAAGCAGGACGAGUUCAAAAAAGUGGCUGAAAGCUCCGGGUCCAGCGAUGACCUAUUGGUGGCUGAAGUGGGGAUUUCAGAUUACGGUGACAAACUGAACAUGGAGCUGGGAGAGAAAUACAAGCUGGACAAAGACACCUAUCCCGUAUUUUACUUGUUCCAAAACGGGGACUUGGAGAACCCACUGCCGUACGAUGGCCAAAUCAAAGCCAGCGACUUGCAACGUUGGCUGAAGAGCAAAGGCAUCUACAUGGGCAUGCCGGGAUGCUUGAAGGACUUUGACACCUUGGCAAGCAAGUUCAUGAGCACUGCUCGAGAGUCAGAGCGCAAGGCUCUCCUGGAGGAGGGCCAGAAGCUUCUGGCGGCAGCCAAGGAGCAUGACCAGAAGUCAUCCGAUCAGUACGUCAAGAUCAUGACCAAAAUCCUCUCCCAGGGCGACGCCUUCGCUGACAGUGAGGUGUCCCGGAUCACCAAGCUGAUCGAGGAGACCAAGAUGAGCGACAGGAAGAAAGAGGACCUCCAGAAACGCCUGAACAUCCUGGCAUCCUUCCAGACGAAGAAGGAUGAGAAAGAAGAGCUCUGACGGGUCAGCGCAUGAGCGAAGAGGUCAGAGCGGGUCGUGUUCCCAUCCGGUGCUCCUUGAAACAGGCAAAAAUGCCCUACCACCUUUUCCAAAAGGCUGCAGAAUUUGUCCUCGUCAAGAGAUGCUGUCGCCCUUCUGUUUUGUGUUGACGAAGGCGUCCCCCGUCACAAGAGGUCCAAACGCUCUCCAUUCUCCCACAGUUACAGGGACCACAGAUUCCUAGGAAAGUCAAGGGCAUUUUUGGUGGGCAGGUGGGAAGUCUGCUAAUCCUUUGUUGGAAAAGGCAAGAUUGCUUGGAUUGGGGUGGGGGGAAUGUGCUUCGGCGGAUUCUGUAUUUAUGGGUGCUAUCUUUUAAAGGCCUGUUCUCAAGAUGGCCGCCUUCAGGCUUUGACACAGCCUGUUCUCUUACUUGGUGGAUUUCAAGAUGGCUGCCCACAGAACUUAGGGCUGCUUGUUCUUAUUGGUUGCAUUUAUAAGGUUACACCCCGCUCCGUCUGGCCUCCUGGGUGACUCUGCUGCCCCCCCAGUUUCCAGUCCUAGGGGUGGGAGGAACUGAAGCUGGGUUGAAUUCAUCUGGUUGGUGGCUGGUUCUGAGAGCUUCACAAGGUUGGGGCUCUUGAUAGAGGAGGGUGCAAGAUGGCCGACCUCAUAGAGUUGUGAGCCUAUGGUUCAAUUGGUGGAGGAGGCCCGGGGGGGGCGGGCAGCGGGAGUGGGGCUGAUUUUGUGUGUUUUGGGGAGCACAAGGUUGGACAGAGCAACAUGUGCAUUGGGAACGGUGAGGAGGCGGAACUGGGGAGGUCGUGUCUUUUACUGAACAGUAUUUGGAAAUGGGUUUGAGGUCCGGUUAUGACAGCACUUAAUUUGCUAAUAAAGGUUAUCCGAAAACAA